AUGACGACUCGUCAAGCCGCGAAGGCACGGCGACCCGAGGCUGCGUCGAGGCUGCCUCGCGGGCCUUCUGCACACUUGGAGCCACCCCCCCCAACACCCCCUCCUCCCUGCCCGCCCCGGGCGGGCCGCGCCCUCCGGCCCCGCUACACACUUGGAGACCCCCCUCCCCCGCCCGCCCCGCGCACCCUCCGGCCCCGCUACACACUUGGAGACGCCCCCUCCCCCCAGCUCGCCCCGCACGCCCUCCGGGCCCGCUACACACAUGGAGAACCCCCUACCCCCACCCGCCCCACGCGCCCUCCGGCCCCGCUACACACUUGGAGACACCCCCCCACCCCACCCACCCAGCGCCCUCCGGCCCCGCUACACACUUGGAGACGCCCCCUCCCCCCAGCUCGCCCCGCACGCCCUCCGGGCCCGCUACACACAUGGAGAACCCUCCUACCCCCACCCGCCCCACGCGCCCUCCGGCCCGCUACACACUUGGAGACGCCCCCUCCCCCCCCCCCCGCCCUCUGGCCCCGCUACACACUUGGAGACACCCCCCCACCCCGCCCACCCCACGCCCUCCGGCCCCGCUACACACUUGGAGACCCCCCUCCCCCCGCCCGCCCCGCUACACACUUGGAGACCCCCUCCCCCUGCCCUCCCCGCACCCUCCGGCCCCACUACAAACUUGGAGACACCCCUCACCCAGCACCCUCCGGCCCUGCUACACACUUGGAAACACCCCCGCCCCACCCUCCCCGCGCCCUCCAGCCCCGCUACACACUUGAAGACACCCCUCCCACCCCGCGCCCUCCGGCCCGCUACACACUUGGAGACCCCCUCCCCUUGCCCGCCCCAUUACACACUUGGACACCCCCUUCCCCCCACCCGCCGCGCUACACACUUGGAGACCCCCUCCCCCCGCCCCGCUACACACUUGGUGACGCCCCCUCCCCCGCCCUCCCCACGCCCUCCGGCCCCGCUACACACUUGGAGACACCCCUCCCCUCAGCUCGCCCCGCGCCCCCCCCCCCCGCCUGCUACACAUUUGGAGACGCCCCCCCCGCCCGCCUCGCACCCUCUGGCCCCUCUGCACACUUGGAGACCCCCCACCCCACCUCCCUGCCCGCCCUGGACGGGCCGCGCCCUCCUCCCCGCUACACACUUGGAGAUAACCCUCCCCCUGCCCGCGCCGCGCGCCCUCCGGCCCCCGCUACACACUUAGAGACACCCGUCCCCCCAGCUCGCCCCGCGCGCCCUCCGGCCACGCUACAUACUUGGACACCCCUCUCCUCCCGCCCGCCCGCUCCGCGCGCUCUCCGGCUCCGCUACACACUUGGAGACACCCUUCCCCCCAGCUCGCCCCGCGCGCCCUCCGGCCCCGCUAAACACUUGGACACCCCCCUCCUCCCGCCCGCCCCGCGCGCACUCCGUCCCCGCUACACACUUGAACACCCCCCUCCUCCCGCCCGACCCGCGCGCCCUCCGCCCCGCUACACACUUGGAGACGCCCCCGCCCGCCCGGCGCUCUCCGGCUCCGCUACACACUUGGAGACACCCUUUCCCCCCAGCUCGCCCCGCGCGCCCUCCGGUCCCGCUACUCACUUAGACACCCCCCUCCUCCCGCCGGCCCCGCGCGCACUCCGGCACCGCUACACACUUAGAAACACUCCUCUCCCCGCCCGCCCCGCGCCCUCCGGCACCGCUACACAGUUGGAGACGCCUCCUCCCCCCUCCCGCCCCGCGCGCCCUCCGGCCCCGCUACACACAGGGAGACCCCCCCCACCCCGCCUCCUUGCCCGCUACACACUUAAGGACCAUCCCGCCAGCCGCCCCGCAUCCUCCGGCCCCACUACACACUUGAAGACACCCCUUCCCCCCAGCUCGUCCCGCACCCUCCGGCCCCGCUACACACUUGGAGACCCCUCCCCCAGCCCGCCCCGCUACACACUUGGAGACACCCCUACCCCCAGCUCGCCCCGCGCCCCCUCCGGCCCGCUACGCACUUGGAGAAGCCCCCCCACGCCCGCCCCGGACGCCCCGCGCCCUCUGGCCCCUCUGCACACUUGGAGACCCCCCACCCCGCCUCCCUGCCCGCCCCGGACGGGCCGCGCCCUCCGGCUUCGCUACACACUUAAGGACCACCCCGCCACCCGCCCCGCGCCCUCCGGCCCCGCUACAUACUUGGAAACACCCCUCCCCCCAGCUCGUCCUGCGCGCACUCCGACACCCCCCACCCCACGCCCUCCGGCCCGCUAUACACUUGGAGACAUCCCUCCCCCCGCUCGCACCGCGCGCCCUCCGGCCCCGCUACAGUUGGAGACACCCCUCCCCCCAGCUCACUCCGCGAGCCCUCCGGCCCCGCUACAGUUGGAGACACCCCCCCCACCCCAGGCCCUCCGGCCCCGCUACAGUUGGAGACACCCCCCACCCCACGCCCUCGGCCCCGCUACAGUUGGAGACGCCCCUCCCGCCGCUCGCACCGCGCGCCCUCCGGCCCCGAUACAGUUAGAGACACCCUUCCACCCCAAGCCCUCCGGCCCCGCUACAGUUGGAGACACCCCCCACCCCACGCCCUCCGGCCCCGCUACACACUUGGAGACCCCCCACCCCGCCUCCCUGCCCACCCCAGACGGGCCGCACCCUCUGGCCCCGCUGCAACCCCGCGGCGAGCCCCCCCCCCCGGCGCCUCCCGCCCCCGCCCCGAACCCCGCGGCGCGCACCUGGCACCGGGACCGGCGUCCGCACCGCGCCAUAGGCGCAUCCUUCCGGCCUGGCGUUUCCCUCACAAACUCCAAAAGUUAUCUCACAAGUCGCCAGAAGGCGCCCAGGCCCGUCUCAGUCCAGACCACGCAAAGUCAACCCAGCUCCUCCGCCCCGCUGCCCACCCGCAAUGCCCCCGAGCCACAGCUCUGCCCUACCCACGGCGGGGAGGCUGCGCGAGAGGGCGCCGUCCGAGCUGCCGGCGAGGGGGCGGCUGGAGGACCGCGGCCGAACGCCGCGGGCGGGAUGGGCCAGCGAAGGGGCCUCAGGGGAGCGUUGAGGGGCGGCGCGAGAGUGGAUGAGGGGGCGUCCGCGGAGGGCGCUACGUGGGGUAGGGGAGCGGUUACCUCAGGAGUGAGGCCGCCAGAGUCCCGCGAACCGGCACCAGGCUUCACACCGCCGCCGCCAUAUUUGAGAAGCCGCGCGCGAAGCCGCGCAUGCCCCGCAACCGCCAACGCAGCCCCGCCCCCGCGCGGCCGGCCCGCGUGCCCUGCGGUUGCCGCGAGCACGCCCUCUGACCGCCGCCGCGUGCGGGGCCCGAGCUGGGGGCCAGCGGCCCGCCUGCGCCGGCGCGAGCGCGGGCAGUGGCGGUCGGUGAGACACCGCGAGCCCGGGAAAGUCUUUGGCAGUUUUCCCUCAUCCUCCCCCGCCAAAAUAAAGCCAGUUGCAACCCAUGCACCCAAGGCCGAGUCAAGUUCCAUCCCAAGAACUCCCCGCCAUCGCCUUCGACUCCGGGCCACCACCCACCUUGGCCACGCACCCAAAAAGCAGGCGCUUCCGUAG